AGUGAGCAAAGCACAACUUUUUUUUAAAUUAUUAUUUAUUUAUUCCCCUUAUUUGAAUCCACUUCGGAUCCCUCUUGCGCGCUCAUCACACCCCCCACCACCACCACCACCACCCCACUCCCUCCCCAGGACGGACUUACAGGGAUUCAUACAGGGAUUCCCUCCGCGAUGGACGAGGACGGCAACGUGUCGCCUGAGCUGAAGGAUUUGGAGAGUAAACUGGGUCGGAAAGCCCCGGACAGCCUGGUGCGCUCCCUGACGGGAUCCAGGCACGGAGAGAAGACCAGAGACAAGUCCCCGCAUUUAUCCACCUGCAACUUCUGCGCAGGUUCUGGCGACCUGAAGAGACUGGAGAGUAAGAUGCUGUUCCUCCGGCAAGAAAUGGCCAAUCUGCGAGCCAUCGACGUGAAGCUGAUGCAGCAGCUCAUGUCAAUCAACGAGGGCAUCGAGUCCAUCCGCUGGGUGAUGGAAGACAAAGGCGGCGUGGCCAGCCAAGACGGCAGCCUGACGGGCAGCCUGUACAGCCUGUCGGACAGCCAGGAGGGCAGCUCGCUGCGAGGCAGCCUCAACAGUCUGAACGAUGGGAACAGUGACGGCCUGGACGGCCUGUCCGUGGGGAGUUACCUGGACACUCUGGCGGAAGACCUCCAGGAGGAUCCCUCGCCCACGGACCUUGAUUGCUUUGUGGAUGAAACUGUAAUCGAUGGUGAAGUCUACACCAAAUCACCUCUGAAACUCAGGGCGGAGUCGGACGAGUACUACUGCUUCGGAUAAUGAUGACGAGCCGAACGCAGUGGUUACAGAGACUACUGAGACGCUUGCUUUGUGAAGAAAGACUCUAAAAUGCAUUCUUCACUUUUAACUCAGCUUUCCGUUUAUUUUUCUUUCUCGUGUGCUUAAUUUUCCUCUAAUAGUAGCAAUACCCACAUUGUCUGGCAAUGUCUUGUUUUUGCCGUGAAACCAUUUUCCACCUUUUGCUUCUUAACGUCACCCGAAGUACAAGAGAAAACAGCUCAAUAGUAGUAAUCUCUUCAAGUUUGAUAAUAAUGUUAAAAAGGUGCUGUAUUAUUGUUCAUGAUCAUAUUUAUUUAAGAGUUUAAUAACUCGGUGGUGUCAUUUUUUUCACAGUAUAACUAAAAAAAUGAGGACAGGAGAACAGCAGCAGGGGUAUGACAGUUUUCCUUUGCAACUGUGGAAAGUUUGACUACCACUUGCCAACCACCAUGAACUGAUUUAAGUCAAACUCUAGAUUAGGAUUUAGCAGCCUUUUAGGAAAUUGGACAUUUCAUGCUGACUGAUUCAGGUAAACCGAUUUUCAAGUGGCACAGUGAUUAGUUUAAGUGAGCAAGCAAGCAAGUGCACUUUGCGUCCAUGCCAAAUUCUGAGCACCACUUACUGUACAUGCUACCCUCCUGAGUUAUUUUUAUUGACAGGAGUUCACAAACUGGAAUCCUCAGCAUCUGUGGAGGGUUACAGCACGUUGCUGUACAUAAGAGAUCAGUUGCACAUCCAAAGCCCAGAUCCUUGACUGAAAACCAAAGAAAUGUAAUAGUUCUUGAAGUAAUUUAGCCCUGAGUCACAGCUCAGAUUCAUGUGCCAGCCCAAAUCUGAUUUUUAUCAGACCAGAAUCCCAUCUUUCUGAAAGAUUAGUUUAUAUUAUACGCAAUAGUGAUCAGAGAUUAUAUGAAUGUCCUUGCUAACAUUGGCUGAUCCAUGUGGUAGCUAUGGUAACGCAGGCACAUAGAACAGGUGGAUACGUGCAGUGGUGUGUGGACUUUUUCAUAUCCCUCUUGAGUAGCCAGACCAUUCAGAUUGGGAUGCAACUGUGCAAAUCCGAUCUGUAUCACAUUAUAAUUAUAAAAUUUAUGAGAUUUCGUUCAAAAUUAAAAAAAAAAAAAAAAUAGUUCAGACCGUCAGAAAAUGUAUCCAUACAAUCUGGAUGUGCUAAAAACUGGAUUGGGUCUGGCAAUGUGAACAUAACCGAAACUGUCUAACACCAAAUGGGAGAUUUAUUGAUUGUGGGCACAUGUGAAACAUUUGCUCGCUUUUAGAAAACAUUUUAAUUAUUUUCUGUUUUUAUGUAAAGAAAAAAAAAGUUUCACAAGAGCUAAACAUUGUUGUACAGAGGUGUGUUGUUUUGACUUUAAACUCUUUGUUGAUUUGUUUGACAAAUGUUUUUUUGUUAUUUUUUUUUUAUAAUGCUUGCUUUUGAAAAGAAACAACUGUUUUUAUCAAUUGAUAUUAACUGUGUUUUGAAAUGAAAUUAUAAUAUAUUGGGAUUUUGAUCUUACUCGCGUUGUGUAAAGUCUUUAAUACAAAAAA